AUGGACGGUUACAUCAUUGAGGUAGCUUUCACGCCUAUCCGAUCUGGUGAACCCCGGUGGGAGACAGUCACCGAUUCUCGGGAACGACCCAGCUGGGCAGGCUCCGUGGAAUGGGCCAAGGCCGAUAUCCUCAAGCCAGAGAGCUACAAGUCACAUUUGAAUGGUGCUUCUGCUGUUGUCCACACAAUGGGCAUUCUCUUGGAAGCCGAUUACAAGGGCGUUGUGCAAGGGAGAGAGCCAAUCUUCAGCGGCCUUCAACGAGCCUUCAGUACAUCUAAGCUUGGGAGCCAGAACCCUCUAACUAGACAAGCGGGCGAGGCUUUGGAGCCAAAGGAGAAAGAUGGGCAGUUGACCUAUGAACUGAUGAAUCGAGAUUCGGCAAUUGCACUAGCCCAAGAGUCCACCAAUGAGCAUGUUCCGGCCUUCGUUUAUAUCUCUGCGGCGGCCGGGGCACCGCUUCUGCCGGCUAGGUACAUCAGUACUAAAAGGGAAGCAGAGGCUACUAUCACAUCCACCCUCCCGAACCUACGAAGCAUCUUCAUACGCCCGGGCUUCAUGUACGACUCGAGUCGGAAGUUCACGCUGCCAAUUGCAAUGGGUGGCUUUGUUGCCUCGGAGUUCAACACAUUCCUCGGGAAUAAACUUGGCUUCCUCGGGUCUAUGGCCGAAAAGCCCCUCAAAGUCGAUGUUGUGAGCGAAGCAGUGGUCGAAGCAUUGGAGGAUGAGUCCACCAAGGGUGCAGUCGGAACAAAACAGAUUGAGGCACUUGCAACAAAAGCCUGGCGAAAGACGAUGCUUUAG